AUGACCUGCGCCGGGGCCUGGGCGGCGGUGACCCGUCCUCUGUGGCGGCUGCACACCAGUGCCCGGCGGCCCCUCUCAGUUUUUGGAAGGAAGCUUGGCGCCAGGUGUUGCAGUUCGGGAAUGACCUUAGACACCAUCAACCCGGCGACUGUGGAUCGAAUAAUUCGGGUGGAUCAUGCUGGUGAAUAUGGCGCCAACCGUUUCUAUGCAGGGCAGAUGGCGGUCCUGGGCCAGACCAGCGUUGGACCAAUCAUCCAGAAAAUGUGGGAUCAGGAGAAGGAACAUCUGAAGAAGUUCAGUGAGCUGAUGGUGGCCCUCAGGGUCCGGCCGACGGCUCUCAUGCCCUUUUGGAACGUGAUAGGGUUUGCCCUGGGAGCGGGGACCGGCUUGCUGGGGAAGGAAGGCGUGAUGGCUUGCACCGUGGCCGUGGAAGAGUCCGUGUCACAUCACUACAACAACCAGAUCCGGGCGCUGAUGGAGGAGGGUCCUGUAAAGCACAAGGAACUCCUUUAG